UAAGCUGCGGCUGGCACCCCAACUCUUCCCCCCCCCUGCCCCCCCCCCGCAACAAAACAGUUCUGGACCCAUGGUGGGAGUCCAGGUGUCUGAUUUCUGCCUGGGAGGAUUGAGGGAGACUCUGUACCCAGACUCCUGGGUUCUCUGGGGAGGAGAGGGGUGGGGCUGGGAGCCUGAGGGUAUCCCUGGCCUUCUUGCUAAUGUGGGGGGCUAGUGCUGCCCCCCCCAGAACCCCUCCCAGCACCGCCAUGAGCCUGCAGUGGACAGCCGUGGCCACCUUCCUCUAUGCCGAGGUCUUUGCUGUGCUGCUGCUCUGUGUUCCCUUCAUCUCUGCAACCAGGUGGCAGAAAAUCUUCAGGUCCCGCUUAGUGAGGGCAGUGGUGACCUAUGGGAACACCUUCUUCAUCGUUCUCAUUGUAAUCCUCAUUCUGCUUCUAAUUGAUGCGGUGCGGGAGAUCCGCAAGUAUGACGAGGUGCCUGAGAAGGUGUCUCUCCAGCACAGCCCAGGAGCACUGGAGCAUGUGCACAUGAAGCUCUUCCGUGCCCAGCGCAACCUUUAUCUGGCUGGCUUUGCUCUGCUGCUCUCUUUCCUACUGCGGCGCUUGGUGACGCUGCUGUCCCAGCAGGCCUCACUCCAGGCCUCCAAUGAGGCCUUCAGGAAGCAGGCAGAAGGGGCCAGUGAAGCAGCCAAGCGCUACAUGGAGGACAAUGACCGUCUCAAGGAGCAUCUGAAGCUGGCCGGCGUGGAUGUAGCUGACCUGCCCCCCAAGGAUGUGGGGGCCCAGGAGGAGAAUGAGACUCUCAAGGUCAAAGUGCAGAAGCUCAAGGAUGAGCUGGCAACCAGCAAACGCACCCUGGAGAAGGCAGAGAAUGAGGUCCAGGCCAUGCGGCGCCAGGCUGAGGGGCUGACCAAGGAGUACGACCGGCUGCUGGAGGAGCAUGCCAAGCUGCAGGCUGAGCACUCUGGACCCAAGGACAAGAAGGAGGAGUGAGCACCUCCCUUGCUGCUGUGGGUGGGCCUGCUGAACACCCUGCCUCCUCCAUGCCAUCACUACCCCCC